AUGGACGACCUCUCCGGCCUGGACUGGAGCUCCAGCACCACCAACACCGCCCAGAACAAGGCCACCCCCAGUUACCCUGCUCUACGGCCUACGCCUCCACUUCCCUCGCUUUCCGGCAGGAGUACUCCGUUAUCAGCCCAGCCAUCCGGUAAUACCGCAAGCGCCUUUCGGGCCAUCAAACCACCCUCCAAACCCUCUACUCCCGCAGCCGACAGCUUUGCCGGGCUCCUAUCGUCAAAUGCGGCCAAGACUGGCGCUGGCCUGUCUAUGCAGGAGCGGCAGCGGCAGCUGCUGGAAGAGAAGGCACGACAAGAAGAAGAGCGCAGAAGGAAGUUCGACAGUCACUUCGGCGCGCAUGAUGCGCAUUGGGACUCGUUGGGACGUGGGAAGAGCAUACCACAGCCACCGUUUGCUGCGAUAAAUGCACCUGUGCAGAAGCCCUUUAACCCUUCAGAGGAUGAAGACGAUAUACUGGCUGCUUUCAACUCCGCCGCACCUGUCGAUGCAUCGAGCCAUUUUCCAGCAGCAUACAAUGGUGGGUUUGGAGAAGAUGACGAUCCGUUUGGUCUUGGUCAGAUGACUCAAAAAUCCGCUGCUACGCCUGCGCAAUCAUCGCUACAAAAUGACGAGGAUGACAUACUGGGCAUGCUGGGUAAACCGGUCACUGACCUACCACCGCCGAAGCCAAGGGUAGAAGAACCACAGCUAGCAGUAUCGAUAUCGCUGAACGGCGACGAACCAGCUACCGUGGACCCGCGCGAUAAAGCAGUUGCCGAUCUAGUGGAUAUGGGAUUCCCCGCCGACAGGUCCGUAGAAGCUCUAGCGCAAACCGAAUCCGGUACAGACGUUCAAGCAGCAGUCGGAUGGUUACUGAACCAAGCGCACCAAGAGUCGAAGUCGAAGCAACAAUCAAGAGCCGGCAGCAGAGGACGUCAGCCGAUUGACGAGAACGAACAAAAUCAGCUACGCGCAGCCUCAGGCCGGAGAACACGCGAAGACCAGAGCCGUGAUAACAGCGCCGUGCCGGUUUGGAUGCGAGCAGACGCCCGUUCAGGCUCCGAACAACGAAGGCAGGACAGCCGCUCACCAGGGCCUGAAAAAGAUGUUACACAGUAUGCCUCCGAGCUGGGCACCACGUUGUUCAAAUCCGCCAACAGUUUGUGGAAGACUAGCCAGAAAAAGGUUCAGCGAGCCGUGGCCGAUUUUCAACAGGAGGGCGAUUCGAGCCAGCCGAAAUGGAUGAGAGACGCUCAGAUGCAUGCAUCCGAAGACGUUCUCCACCGCGACGGCAGCAGGAGCGGCCGACAACAGCGCGAGGCUGAUACCGAUGAAAGAUCGUCACGCAGGCCAGUACAGCCCGAACGCGAAGUGACUGAUGAAGCAAUGAUGUUGGAAGCGAGCUCAGGCCGUCCUCAGAAACCGUCGCGGCCUGCAGCGACACGACCUCAGGACCUUGGCCCACCAGAGCCUGCUCCACAAAUAUCUUCUCCCAACACGACGACCCGUCCCUCGACCCAGCCGCGGUUCCUUCAGCAGCAACCACAGCAGCCGCAGAGAGCACUCGGCAAGCUCACCCGGGAAGAUGUCGACCAGCAAUCCUCACAGGCAUACAUCAGCCCCGCCCGCCGGAAAAAGACUACCCCAGCACCACCCGCAGCACCACCCACCGCAUCUUCACCAUCGUUGCCACCUCUCCGACCCAACACAGCCUCCCUGCCUCAUCGACCCGCUGCAGCCCGCUCCCCUCAACCCUCACGUUCGCCCGCCCCCUCAGCCCCAGCCCCCAUAACUCGCCCCGCGCCCCCCUUCCGCCACAUUCCUCCCAUCUCCCCCUCCGCCUUGUCCCAAGCGACCCGCCACCGCCUCGCCGGCACCGCAGCCUUCAAGCGCGGCGACUACGCCGCCGCCCAAUCAUCCUACACCACCGCACUCUCCUCCCUUCCAACUGGCCACCCCAUCGCCAUCAUCCUCCUCUGCAACCGCGCGCUCUGCCACCUCAAGACGGGAGACCCGAAAGCGUGUGUUGCGGAUGCGGAGGCGGCAUUGGGGGUUAUUGGGUCCGGACGGGGCGAGGGGGAGACUAUUGCACUGGGUGGGGAGGAGGGGGAAAGGGAUAUGCGGGACUUCCACGGCAAGGCGCUGAUGCGGAAAGCCGAAGCGCUCGAGGCGAUGGAGAAAUGGGGCGACGCCGCAAGUGCGUGGCGGGAGGCCGUGGAAGCCGGGGUCGGCGGCGCUGUUGCGAUUCAGGGCAGGGACAGGUGCGAGAAAGCGAUGGCGCCGAAGCCUGCGCCGGCUGCGGCUAGACCUGCGGCAGCCGUAAAACCAGCGACGAAGCCGAAGCCCAGACCCACCGCGCCCACGUCGAAUGGACUCGCAUCAGGCCCCCCGGUCGGCGCGGUCGAGAGCGCAGAAGCCGUCAGCAAGCUGCGCCAGCAGAACGCAGCGCAAGAGGCAGCUGAGAACGAGCGCUUCGCUCUGACAGACACCGUGGACGCCAAGCUGGCAGCAUGGAAGGGCACGAAAGCAGACAACCUCCGAGCUCUGCUUGGGAGUCUCGACCUCGUGCUCUGGCCCGAGGCGGGGUGGAAGAAAGUCGGGAUGGGAGAGUUGGUCAUGGCCAACAAGGUCAAGAUCGUCUACAUGAAGGCAAUCGCAAAGGUGCAUCCGGACAAGAUACCGCAGGAAGCGACGACGGAGCAGCGGAUGAUCAGCGCGGCGGUCUUCAGCACGCUGAAUGAAGCGUGGGAUAAGUUCAAGAAGGAUAACGGGCUCUAG